AUGGGCUGCACACUGAGCCAAGAAGAGCGGUCUGCCUUAGAAAGGAGUAAACAAAUUGAAAAGAACUUAAAGGAAGAUGGAAUACAAGCACAAAAGGACAUAAAAUUAUUGCUACUUGGAGCCGGUGAAUCUGGAAAAAGCACUAUAGUAAAACAAAUGAAGAUUAUCCAUGAAGGAGGCUUCACUCAAGAAGACAACAAACAGUAUAAGCCUGUCGUCUACAGCAAUACCAUACAGUCUCUGGUAGCCAUUAUACGCGCCAUGGGAACUCUAAAUAUCGCAUUCGGGGACAAUGAGCGUGAGUCUGACGCCAAGAUGGUCCUGGAUGUGAUCGCAAGAAUGGAAGAUACAGAACCUUUCUCAGAGGAGCUGCUUGCUGCUAUGAAACGUCUCUGGACUGACAGCGGGGUCCAGGAAUGCUUCGGCAGGUCCAACGAGUAUCAACUCAAUGACUCCGCUAAAUACUUUUUAGAUGAUUUAGAUCGCCUAGGACAAAAGGAUUACAUGCCAACAGAGCAGGACAUCCUGAGAACAAGAGUGAAGACCACUGGAAUAGUGGAAGUACAUUUCUCAUUUAAGAACUUAAAUUUCAAAUUAUUUGAUGUAGGAGGCCAGAGAUCAGAACGUAAAAAAUGGAUACAUUGCUUUGAAGAUGUAACAGCCAUUAUAUUCUGUGUAGCGAUGAGUGAAUAUGACCAAGUUCUACAUGAGGAUGAAACUACUAACCGCAUGCAAGAAAGUCUAAAGCUAUUUGACUCGAUCUGUAAUAACAAGUGGUUCACUGAUACUUCUAUAAUCCUCUUCCUAAACAAGAAAGAUUUAUUUGAAGAGAAGAUUAAAAAGUCACCCCUAACUAUUUGUUUUCAAGAAUAUACAGGCAAACAGACCUAUGAAGACGCUGCAGCGUACAUCCAAGCACAGUUUGAGGCGAAAAACAAAAGUACGACAAAAGAGAUCUAUUGUCACCAAACGUGUGCAACAGAUACAAAUAAUAUUCAGUUCGUCUUUGAUGCCGUCACUGACGUCAUAAUUGCUAACAAUUUAAGAGGUUGCGGACUUUACUGAUUUCCCCUUCCCAUCAUGCUUAGUGUAUCCCUUACGCGAGAUGCGUCAAGAGUUGUGCAACACUGUAGAGCACAGCUUGACCUUGUGAUUUCAGAACAGCAUGGCCUGGGGGCAAAUCCUUGCAUAUUUCACGGCAUGAUGGUUUAAAAGCCUUUCUCAUGAAAUACCAUGAAGAUGAGGGGAAUUGUGAAAUGUUGUAGAAACACAUGAAAUAUGUAUACAACCCCCUAUUCAAAAUUUUCUUGAGAAAAGCCUAUAUUUCUGUGAUCAUUUCGAAAUAUUUGGAAAGACAUAUACUUCUGUGAUCAUUUUGAAAUAUUUGGAAAGACUUCUACAAUUUAAUAGUAGGCAUUGAAAACUAGUCCCAGAAUUCACAGUAAGUUAUAGUGAAUGUAGAAUACUUGACUGUUUUAAGCAACAGUAUUAAGGCCGCCCCAGGCUGUACCAGGAAUAGGACUGUGUGCUAGGAACACACUCUAGUCUCUCUUAUUCUCCAAAAAAGGAGGUAGCUAGGAAGAACACCUUCCAAAUUUUCAUCUCAUCCAACUCUGUUUUUACUUCAUCACUUAACUUAUUACAAUUCAUUGUCAUAAUAUUCGAAUGUUUUUAUAUAGCUGGCUUCAAAUAGGGGAAGUUGCAAUAUGUUAAUGUAAGAGUGUACUGUGCAAUACAUUAUUAGAUAGGGGCAGUGAAUAGACAAAAUUCAUGUAAACCUCUCGAAAACAUUUUAGGUGUAAAAGAAAACUGCUCCUCAUUUUCAACUCAAGUCUUUUAGAGUCUAUUCUUUGCAACAUAUACGCUUGAAAUGCUGUAUUUUGGAUAUAUGUGUAAUUUGUUUGAUACAUUUUCAUGGGGCCAUUUACUAUAUAUAAUAAACAUAUAUAGGCCUGUUUUGUAUAAGCGUCUUUAUUUAGCGCUACAUAUAUGCUAUAUAUACAGAGUCCGGGGCUAGGGAUGUUUCCAAAUUGGCCAGGAAUCUGUAUAAUUUAAAAAGUCCCAGUUCAGCCCUGAUGCAUGAAAAAUACAAACAACAAGUUGAGAAAAAACGAGAUUCAUUGAGCAAAAUACAAGGAUUCACUUGAGAUCAGAAUUGAGUAAGAUUUUAGGAUUAUUAGGAUAUCAUAUAGAUGUCAGCACUCAACCAACUAGAACCCCACUCCAGUUUAGGUGCUGCCAUCUAUAAGGUUGUCUCAACAUAACUGCAUCUAGGAGGGCUUUUCAAUUUCCAGUAAAUACUACAGUAGAGUUCUCAAUAAUACACAUUGGAGUUAUUGACUAUGGACUUGCCAAGUUUAUACAUUUUAGAAUACCAACACUUAAUAGAGAGAGUUUACUUGGAAAAAUGACUGUAGUUGAUAUCUCUAUUGUAUACUGAAACAAUAUAGAGCGAUG